CGCUGAAAACAGAUUUAAGAAAACCCGGACGUGUUUUUCAUUCCCUUUUAACAAUACUCGACACCUACAGCUAUAUUUUCACGCUAAAACUGUUUAACUGCCACUGAUGUAUCUAUUCAGUUGAGUCAAAUAUGUAAAGUAGACGGUUAUUUACGUCCGAGUACCGUGUAUGUAUGGUAUUUACUUGAUAAUGUUUUCGCAGAAGAAAAGCUCCAAUCCUGCCCCUUAAUCCAUACCGGGUUUGGAUAUAACCAGCAUACAACCCUUUUUCAGGCAGGGAAAACAGCAUUUCAAGUUACAGCCGGUUAAAGCGAGCUUUAAGGAAGCUGGUGUGUUGAAUAUUGGCAGAGGACGUGUUAUUUUUCCCUGUAUUCCUGGAAUAGAGUUACAGUGCCACCUGUGACUGGUGGCUAUUGUAUGCCUCUACGUACAGCAGCGAGCUACUGUUACACAGACGGCCAAUGUUGUGAAAUCAAAGGAAAUUCUCUUACCAUCAGGUUGGUUCACCAUUACACCAAAUUGCAUCAGUUAUCAUGAUGACGUCCAUAUACUGAUGCCCAUCGGAAUGUUUCUAUUGACGAUGUGAGACCGGCAGGGUGAUUGAUGGUAGAAUCGCUUUGCAGGAGAAGAGUUAAUUCAUUAUUGAGAGAAUGUUUUUGGAGAAUCCCACACCUCAAAUUAUUGGAGACUAUUAUUGAAGCCCUGCCUCUAUCGCAUUUCCUGUGCAGGAUCUUCUGAGUCUUCAGACAGUGUUACUGCCAACCAUGUUACCUAAGAGUCGUCUGGGGAAGCGUUCCCCACUAGGGGCGUUGGUGUGUACCUCCUGCCCCUCCAUGGAGAGCCCACUGGAGACAGGGAGUCAUGGGGACCCUGAGGGGGGUGUGGGGGGCCCAACCAUGGGAUCACCAGGGCCCCAGCAUCUCAGCAGGUUCAACAACAAACUACUUCCUGGACAGAAGGUGUAUGUGUUGUGUGGAGGGCGUGAGUGCACAGGGGUAGUGGAGCAACACAACCAUGUGGAUAAUGAGGUGGCCGUCCUACUGCCUGUCCUGGGACAGCAUGUCCUGAGGAAACUAGAGGACGUAUGGACCUGCCCCACCGUCCCGCCUCCACCACACCAAAUGUCCUCCUGCAUUGAUGUGCCCAGGAGAUCUUAUUGUUCUCCCUGCUACAGGAGUGCAGAGUCUAUGGAUGAGAUGAUGGCAGCCCUGGUUCUCACCAGCCUGUCCUGCAGCCCUUUGGUCCCGAGCCCUCCUCAGAGAGACACAGUCACAGCAGGUUCUGCUAGUAUGGAGUGUGGAGGCGGGGAACUCUCAGACAGCGGCAGUAGUGGCUACUGGAGCUGUGACCAUGGCUACGGAAGCCCAGCCCCCUCUCCACCAAUCACAGAAACAGAGGGUCACAGCCUGGCCAUGCCCCCUGAUGAGGGAUUGGACAUGGAGCAGGUGCUGUUUGACGAGCCAGCACCACGGAAACGCAGGAACUCAGUGAAGGUGGCCUACAGGUGUCUGUGGCCCAACUGUGGGAAGAUUCUGAAGUCUGUCGUUGGGAUUAAACGUCACAUCCGUACCCUGCACCUGGGCCAAGUCAGUGAGCAUGAGCGUUGCUCCUGCAGCGAGGAGGACUUCUACUACACAGAGAUCCAUCAGCGGGAGCCGCGGCCUCUCACCCGACCUCUAGGGGUCCCUACCCCCAGCACCCCAUGGUCGGCCUCCCCCUCCAGCCCCUCUCCCACUGGCGUAGGACCAGGAGCUGGAGGAGACUCCCCCACAGAAGUGAGCCCUCAGCUCAGCCAGUCUGCCCCCUCCACCCCGGACUUCUUCUGGCAGGUCCACUCUGAGCACUCCUACCAGGUUCCAGUCCAGGUGGAGGCUCCACCUGUCUCGGUCUCCUACUCCUGUCAUUGUACCACACCUACCUCAACCCUCCACCCAAGACAGGGUGCGUCGUUCCGUGUGAGGUCAGUCAGUGUGGGAGAACAGUGGCUGCAGCAGCACAGUGCCCCCAUCAGACCACACCCUGUCAGCACCUCUCCCCAACGCAGCCACUGGUCCACAAGGAGGAUCCGUGGCGAGGCGAAGAAGUGCCGUAAGGUGUACGGCAUCGAGCACCGGGACCAGUGGUGCACCGCCUGUCGCUGGAAGAAAGCCUGCCAGCGCUUCCUCGACUGAACCCCUCACAGAAGAGAGGGAUGAAGACCGAGAGAAAGAAAGAUGGAGCAGUCACCUCUUCGAGUGAAGACGGAGGAAAGAUCUGGGGGUCAACCAGUGGAGCACCAUGUACGUUGGUGUUUAUUUCUUUCUUUUUAAAAACCUUUUUUGUACUUUUUACCACUUUACUAGAAGUUUUUUAUGUAUUUUGUUCAUGUCUUUGACAACUUCGGGUUCUUGUGCGUUGGUGCUCAUGGUGAACGCUGCGGGGGGCAGGCAGCUAAAUUACCUAUGACCUUUACCAGAAGCAUAGUUCUGCAUCUCAGUUCCGUGUCCUCCUUCCCAGGGAGGGGCUACAAAGGAAGUGGAACGUUAUCCUCUCUUCCAAAUCUUUGGCUAUAACUUAUAAACAGCAGCUCUUCUAUACCCAGCAGCUAUAUAGGGGAUGUCUAUAGAUCUAUGACAUCAUGCCGUCCAUAACUUGGCUUGGAAAAAAGGCUUGCUGCCUGUUGCCAAUUGUGGGCCUGAGCCAGGCAGGUGCUGAGCAGAAUAUCCGAUCUGUAAAUUAACCUAACUUCCAAACGCCUGGGCAAGAACAGAUCCGUAUGAUCCAAAGGUUAACCCAUCCAUCAGGCUUUGGCUUCCUGUCUGCAUGCAGUGGAGAAUGAUGACGAGGAGAAGAAAGUCAAGUGAUACUAGGAGGGAGAUAGCCCUAUGUGACAGAGGUGAAGCUUCGCUAAAUACUAAGGUCCUGUAAAUAGCAUGCUUGUUACCAUGUCAGAGAAGAGAGUUGCUGGCUGUCAACUUGCUCAUUCAUUUGUUAAAAAGUAUUGAGUUUCAUUUAUACCAGCUCUUGUCAAUUGCAUAUAGUGCACGGAUUGGCUGAAAGAAUCCCCCUUGACCUAUAGGAUUCCAUCUGCUCAUGAUCUACAAGGCAUCGGUAACCAGGAAGUUGUGUCGUAAACAUUGAGAAUGGAUUGGAGGAGAAGUAAAAUGCAGAUUUGUGAGUCAUUAGCCCAGCCUGUCUGAUGUUAUAAGCCAUUUAUUCCUGCAAACUUGUAUGUAGCUUUUUUAAAAUGUUUUUGGCUUUUUUAAGGGAACAAAACAAUUUGGGGGGGGAUGUUGAAUAUGUUAAUUUGUAUUGUGUUUCGUUAUAUUAUCCAGCGAUGUUGUCUAUAUUUUGCAACUUGUCGUUUUUCUAAGGUGUGUUAAAUACAAUGUUCCGCCAAGAAUUACCAUGUUGUGGGAUAUAGGAAUCAAUUCACACACUUUAGACCAAUCAGAUGACAUGCACAUUGAUUUUCACUUCUCUGAGCAUGAUGUAACCAACUGUUAAAGUUAAGGACCCAGUAUCUCGUCCUUGUUGUUAGCAGCUACGGUAGCUAUCCUUUCUGGUAUGCCUUAAAGUCUUCUUAGUUACACCAGAAAUAGUCUAUAAUAUAGCCUCGUAACAGGCUUUGGUUAUGCCAACGGAUAUCAUUUCAGAGCACUAGUCUAUAAUUAAAGAGACACUAUGACGUGAAAGUAUUGGUUCCCUUUAAAACAUGGAGGUCAUUGGCAGCUCUGGUCUCUUACUCACAUCGUUGUAAUAAAAUGAGCCAUUUGUAUAAAUAUAUUUUGUCAGGAAUCUAUCUCCAUACAUUUGCCAUAUGCUUGGAUAUCCAACACUCCAGUACCAGCCUCAGUACUGCUGAGACACUAACUGAAUUAUGUUAUCGAGGUUCCAGGUUUGAUGUGGAAUGUGCCACGUGGUGCCAAUAAUAAGAACUAAAAUAUGGUGCCAGGAUUGAGUCUGAAAACAUUUACAUGGCUAAGGGCUUAUCUAGAAUUAUAUGCUGCUCAAGGGCAUUGUGGCCCUAAACCCUUGUCACUCUGCCACUUAUUGUAAAUUAACAUGCAUAAAGAUGUUUUCAUAUGUUAAAACCCAAAAUGCUUGUUUAUUGAAACUCAUGUUUCCUUGCAGUAAGCCAAUUAAUCCACAGAAGCAAAAAACGCUUAUAUAUUGUGUUAUGUAUAGGUAACUGCCAAAAAUAAUGGAAACACUUGAGUAAAUGAGGGAUACAAAGUAUAUUGAAAUCAGAUGCUUCCACAAAGGUGUCGUUCCUGAGUUAAACAAUUAACAUCCCAUCAUGCUUAGGGUCAUGUAUAAAAUGCCCAGUUGCCCAUUGUUUUGGUGACUUUGAAAGAGGGGUCUUAAAGGCGCAUAGAGGGUUUAAAGUGUGUGUGUGUCUCUCAGUCACCAGAUUUUAACUCGAUUGAAUAAUUAUGGGAGAUUCUGGAGCAUCGCCUGAGACAGCGUUUUCCACCACCGUCAACAAAACACCAAAUGAUGGAAUGGUGCCGCAUCCCUCCGAGUUCCAGACACAUGUAGAAUCUAUGUCAAGGUGUAUUGAAGCAUUUCUGGUGGCUUGUGGUGGCCCAACACCCUAUAAGACACUUUGUUGGCGUUUCCUUUAUUUUGGCAGUUACCUGUAUGUACUGUACCUGGAGAAAGAAAUUACCUUUGAAUGAAGUAAUUUUUUAUUAUGAUGCACUAUUUUUAUAUGGAAUCUGGAAUGUUUUGGUCUUUUUGAUGUUGAAAUAUGCUUGAUAAAGACUAACCCUGUCA